AUGCAAGCCCCAUCUCAUGGAAAUAAUCAGCUUCAAUCACCAAAGAUUCAAUCAAAUGAAUCGAGAAUAGCUAGUGUUGAUGUAGCUGAUAGUGAUAAAGGUACACCUUAUGCAGUUCCCGAUUCACAAUUUCCUUCAUUCUCAUCUGAAAUAGGAUCCGACGAUAUUAUUCUAAAUCAAGCAGCCUACACAAUUAUAAGUGAAGAUUCAGUAGUUGGUAAUGCCCAGAAGAGUGAGUCAUUUUGGAAACGAGUUGUGGCAUACUUCAAUACCAAUCGAGCUAAGGAAGCUAAAAAGAGAACUGCGGAGAAAGCAAAAUCACAUUGGGCUUCAUUGAAAAAGAUCGUAAAUAGAUACAAUGGAAUCUAUAAUAAAUGGUAUAAUGAUCGACCAAGCGGAUGGAGUGACGAGGAUUUGAUGGUGCGAGCUCAUGAAGAAUAUAAGAGUACUUUUAAAACUACUUUCCAAUAUGAGCAUGUGUGGAGAAUCAUGAAAAAUAGUCCUAUGUAUGCUCCACAAUACUCAGAUCGACGGGCUACAAAAAAAAGCAAGAACAUCAGAAUCAUGAGGUGCACAUACUGA